AUGAGACAGAAGAGAGCCAAGCAGUACCGUAAGCAGAUCCAGGUGCUGAAGACGACGUUCAAGUUCAAGACGCCGAUCCAGUGCGUGGUGGAUGACAGCACGAUUCUGGAGGCGACGAACGCCAACUACGACCUUGUGAAGGGCAUGGACGGCAUCGUGCAACACGAGACGAAGUACUUUGUGACGCAGUGCUGUGUGCAGCACCUUUACGACUCGGAGAACCAGCAGGCGAUCGAUCUGGCGAAGCGGAUGGAAAAGAGACGUUGCGGCCACAAGGACACGCUGUCGUCGUUCGAGUGCAUCAAGAGCAUCACGAACGUGGACGGCGAAAACAAGUACCGGUACCUGGUGGUGACGCAGGACGAGCGGUUGCGGACGAGCUUGCGGAACGUCGCCGGGGUGCCGCUCUGUUUCUUGUACCGGAGCGUGCUUGUGAUGGAGCCGAUGAGCACGGUGACGAAGCGGGUGGUGCAGGCCGUGGAGCGGAUGAAGUUGACGCAGGGCUUGAACAGCGUCGACGCCGGGAAGCGGGUACGAGACGGCGACGAGGACGUGGACCCGGUGCAGCAGGAGGUGCAGGCGCAGCGCAAGAAGCGGGUGAAGGGCGUGAACCCGUUGGCCAUGAAGAAGAAGGCCAAGAAGGCCAAGAAGGACGCGGUGACGACGGGGCCGACCAAGGAGGAUCGGGACCCUUCCGAGGCUGCUGCUGGCGACGGCAAGAAGCGCAGGAGAAGACGGCACACCCACAAGACGAACUCCGCCGAGGAAGAGACCCGGGAGGAGCCUGCUGCAUCUGUUGCCGAGCCUGCAACGCCGGUGGUGGCUGCCGCCGAUGAGUGA